AUGGUGAACCCGAAGAAAAGACCAGCUUCCGAGCAAGCACAGCCAGCCAAGUCAAAGGCAGUACGCCCAUCCGCAAAACGGCGGGUAGAACGGAGAAUAGCAGGAUAUCAAGAAUAUCUUAAGGGUAAUACGAAGGACUUUGUUCGUCACGAUCCAGCAACGGAAACGUUGCCCGAUCUACUCGCCUACGAUGAUGAAUUUAUGAAAGCCGAGAGGGCUUGCCUGGAGAUUCCACAAGACUUCAUCCUAGCUGUUAAGCCAGACAAGGACCCGCAACUAGCCGCAAGUCUCAGACCCAAACUCAACGAGGUGAUGGACGAGUACCAAAGCGAACCCGAGCGUGUGGCAGUCGUCGGCAAGACUGGGCAGGGGAAGUCGAAAUUGAUAGAUGCUAUCUUGGGCAUCGAUGGGAUUGCAAGAUCGGGAGCAAGCGGCGUGGCAACAACCCGCAUUCCAAUUGUAUAUUCACCACGUCGAGCGCACAUACAAACACCCUACGAGGUGAGACUGGAGCUUUCCGGCAAGAUCGACUGUCGAGAUUCAGUACAACAGCAUCUUGCCAAUCUUGUAGCGAACCUAAAAAGAUGCGCGGAAGGGCCCAUAGAGCUUGACGAUCAAGGCCAAGACAGUCUACGGGCGCUUCAGAAUCUGUUCAGCGACAUUCCAGAAUUCGCAUCGAACGAAUCUACUUGGACAUUCCUAGGAUAUGAUGUCAAUUCGCACAAAUUCUCAUCAGUAGCGAAGCAAAAGGAUGCGUUUGGCCAAUGCGUCAAGUGGGCUGAGGACCGGCGCCAGAGGAUCGCCAACAUGUCCGCACAGGGUAUCUACGCUACCAACGUGACGGAGCUGCGGAGAGAGCUCGCGCAAUUCAGCGACGAUCAAGCCAAGAUGGACGACACCAAACUUGGCUUCAACCCCUCUGCGCUCGUAGAGAGGAUUGAGGUCUUUGGUGACUUUCGGAUUCGCUACUCAAUCGGCGACUGCCCCGGACUACAGGACAUCAACAAGGCAAGCUUGUGCCCUUCCCAGGUUGACAUCGCUCAAGCUAACCUCGCUGAAGAAAUCACGAGAGCUGGCGAUAGCGCGUUUCUUGAUCACUUAAUUAAUGACCGUACUACAAGGAGACCCGAUCAACGCAUCAUCAUCGCCUUGACAAUGGGAGAGUCCAAUCUGGACCCAUCGGAUCGCAAAGAUGCAUCAUUCGACCAACAUGAGAAAGCUGAUCUCGACUGGCUAGCCGAACGUAAAGCAGAAACUCGGAGAAAGAAGGACAGCUACGCGCCAACAGACUAUGCGCAAAGAGACCACUGCGCCCGCGAGAUCGCUUUCAUGACCCUCGAAGAGAACGAAAUAUGUGCCCGAGAACGAGGUCGUCGCAUCAGCGACAGGCUGAGGGAAAGAUUCGCAAAGCAGAACGGAAAUUUGACAGUUAUGACGACUUCGGCAAAAGACUACAUGGAGCAUGUCGAGGGCUACCACCAGUACACCGACGAGCAUCUGCCGCUGUCCGUUGAGUCCACCCAAAUCCCCAGUCUAUGCAGGGAACUCGCCGCUAUCGCCAAUGAACGGCUGCAGAAAGACCUUCUUCGCUUUUACAGGCGAACACUACCCGAGCUCUUCAGCUAUAUCGAGCUCGCUUGCAGCACGACUUCCGGGCCGGUGCAGACAGGGCCCAGGUUCAACUUUGAAGAAUUCGCAUCCAAAUUGUUGAAGCCGCUCGAAGUCUUCCUCGACGUUUUCGAAAAUGAACUCAUCCUUCCGAGGAUUAAGAGCAUGAGAGAAGGAGUCGGCGAUUGGAAGAACGAAGGUCACCAUAACAUCAACAAUGUUUGGCGAAAGUUGCAUGGCAACGCCGUACGGUGCUACUUGAACAAGCUAGGCAACCACCGGACAAAGGGACUGCCGAGUUGCAGUUGGAACAUUACGCUUCUGGGUCCUGUCCAGAAGACGCUCGACCCGCUGUUCAAGGAGCUAAUCGCAGAAGCACCCUCCAGGCUGGGUAGCCUUGCAUACCAGCUAGAAGGAGUCGUGGACGACUUCCUGGAAGCCCUUCGCGUUGCCGCCGAACAGCUCGACAGCAAGAAUUUCGUAGCGAACCUUGACGACAAGAAACCGCAACUCUACAAGAUGUAUAAUGUUGUCGGCAAAGACCUCAUGAUAUUCCUUCGGCUGUUCCGAGGACGUCUUACUGAAGACGGCAACGGUGACUUCUUUCCCCAAAAAAUGAAACCGGUCUACACUGCCACAUUACGGGCAAAACCGGCGGGCAAGUUGACCAUGAAAGAGGUGCAGAUGCAGACACUGGAAGCGCGCAUAUGCGGAAAGAACAGUCCCUACGACCAAAUGGUCGACAUGUUUGAAACCGCUUGGAAAGCCAAGAAGAUAGCGUUGUUGGAGAUUGGCAGACAAGCUAUCGCAUUUCACAUAGCAGAGAUCAAGGCGUCGUACAAGCAACUCAGCACUCCUGAUCUGCAGGAUGAUGCCGUGACGCUGCUGCGCGCUGAGCUGGAGCGCAAGGUUGGCGUGGCGAGGGAACAGUGCAAGGGACCUAUUCUGACUUCUCUUCUGGAAUGCGGGCUUGAUCCGAACUUGAAGAAGGUGAAGAAGGAGAAGAAAGUGAAGAGAGAGAAGAAGGUCGCGAAGGUGGAGAAGUAG